UUGUGUGAGAGUUAAUCGAAACUUACAAUUUCUGACAAAUACUUUUGUGUAUACAUUUUUUCUCACUGGAGAGAAAAGUGUAAGAAAUGAGUAGAAUUUAUGAAAAUGAGUUCGCAAUUUACAUUUCCCAUGAGAAAUUUGUUAAUUCUGUCUACAAUUCUCUUCAUAAAUGUAUAAAUCCAAACUUAUUCCAUAUAUUUCAUCAAUAUAAACAAAAAAAGCUGAAAGAUUCAAGUAGUGGGCCAAACAAUGAACCUGAGAGUAGAUAUGAAAGUCAGAUACGGGAACAAACUAUGGUGAAAAUGAAAUUGAAACAUUUUAUGAGUAUAGCCCAAUCUGAAGGAAUUUUCAAAAAUAGUCUAGAAAAUUCAGAAGAAAUGAAUGAGUCAGCUUUAAGAACUGCUCAAACAAUUUAUAAUGAAACCCGAAAAGAAAUGGUGCAAAAUGCAUUUGGAUCAAACUGUGGCCCCCCUGUUGUGAAAGAUAUUAAUAAAGGGAUUUAUCUUUUUCCACAAAAUUCAACAUUUUAUGCAAAAAAUAUAAUAGAAAUCACUGCACACUUGGAACAUCAAACUUUUGACCUCAUACUCCUGGAUCCCCCUUGGUGGAACAAGUACAUUCGUCGAAAGAGAAAAGCCACUGGUGAUGGUUAUGACAUGAUGUUUAACGAUGACUUGAGAAGUCUCCCAGUGGAAAAGCUAUUGGAGAAAGAUGGUUUGGUAGUUGUGUGGUGUACAAAUUCUGAACAAAAUUUCAAUCACUUAGUGACAAAGAUUUUUCCAAAGUGGAAUGUGGAAUUUUUAGGUGUUUGGUACUGGCUGAAAGUAACAACUUCAGGAAGGUGUCUUGUUCUGCAUUCCCAUGGUUCCAUAUUAUGAAGAUGCUGUCCACGUAUAUCAACCAGACUCUUGGCUUCUUGUAGACUUCUUCAAUAGCCAGAGUUUCAAAGCACUCCAAAUAUAUAUUGGCUAUAACCGGUGAAAAUGGUGAUUCCAUUGGCAGUCCCUCAUCUUCCGUAAAGAAUUCGUCCCUCAGUUGGAAGUAGCAGUUGGGUACAUAGCAUCCUAGUAACUCCAUGAUUACUUGUAUCGGUAAGUUUGUUCUAUCUUUCAGGUCCCCAUCUUCAGAUAGCUUCCU